UUGAUAAUUAUGGAAAUUGUUCAUGCUGGAAAUGAUAUAAACAGUGUUCAAGCCGUAAGUGAGAUUCUAAAAUGAAUCAUUUUUUAAUGCACAAGUAAAAAACUUGGUAGGUACAGCUUGACAUACACCUCCCAACUUUACCUCACAACCUAAUAUUUGAGAAUUAAGAUGGCUACAAUCUUACUUAACCACGGGAACUAGAUGGUGUCAACAAUUAUUACUCAAUCCUUGAAGUUCAAAUCAGACAGUUAAAUUGGCAGCUAUCUGAGAUGGAGACCAAUUGAUGUUGCAGGACUCUUUGUGAUGAUUAAUGAAUCCCCACCCAAUACAGAGGAAACAUGGAGAGUUGAAUUGGAGAAAUGAUAUGAAAAAGGCACAAUUGACUUGGACUGCUAUGUAGCAUUCCAUUGCAUCAGGAUAAUACUAAUUUAUGGAAGAGUCAACCAACUUAACCCUCCCUCCUAUGAAGUUUAUUUACCCUUAGCACCUCUCUUAAGAUGCCUAUUUCCUAUCGUAUUUGGUUCUAGUCUUCUAGAUAGUUCCUUCUCUUCUGGAAAUUAGUUUCUUUCUGGAGUUUGUUUGAACCAGCAAGCUCUCUGUAAGUGGCCAACAUGAAAGAACUAAAAGGGUUAGCUUUUCUUGCUUCUUUUCUAUCGUUUUGUUGUUACUUCGUGUACUUUUGUCAAGCAUUAGACACCCUGAGACCAGGAGACAGUUUAACAAACAAUCAAACUUUAGUCUCUGCUGGUGGGGUUUUUGAAUUAGGCUUCUUUGGCACGGGUGGACCUUCAAGCAAUCACUACCUGGGAAUUUGGUUCAAGAAUGACCCCUACAAAAAGCCUGUUUCGGUUGCAAACCACAACAAUCCUAUUUUGGAUAACACAGGAAUUUUAACUAUAAGGUAUGAUGGAAACUUGGUGAUUACAGAUACAAGGCUAAUUCCCAUUAUAGUAGAUUAUGGAAUGCUUGCAUCCAGUGGUAACACAACUGCAAAGCUUCUUGAUUCAGGAAAUCUAGUUCUCAUGGAAGGCAAAAACAUUGCUUGGCAGAGUUUUUAUUUCCCAUCUGAUACUUUUCUGCCGGGUAUGAAGUUGGGAUGGUUGGGCUUGGACACAGAUCAUGUAAAGCUAAUGUUUCUUGUAUCUUGGUUGAGUCCACUUGUGCCAACAACUGGUGCAUUUGCAAUAGCACUUGCUGCAAAAAAUAUGAGCUUAAACCUUUGGCGCAGAGAUGGUCUACUUAGGCAAAUUGGUUUUUGGGAUGGUCGUAAUUUCAGAUUUUACUUCCAGAGUUCAUCAAAAUCCUACUACUUUUCAUAUAUGUCCAACCAGAAAGAUAUAUAUCUUGGAUUUGAUACAGUAGGGAACAAUAUGUCUUGGUUUGUGCUGAACUCAAUGGGGGACAUUAAUGAGUACACUUGGCAGGAUCAAAGUAUUGUAAUGGUCAACCAUACUUUAUGUGACAGUGCAUCAGCAGAUCCCUCAGACGGAUGCUUGAUACCAAUGCCAUCCAUGUGUGGAAAGGAUGGUACAUUCUCACAAAUUAGAGGAAUACUGCCAACGUCUUUGGUUGUGAGUGGAUCAAUUUGGAUGGGACCUAGUGACUGUGAGAUAAUGUGCAGGGGCAAUUGUUCGUGUACUGCAUAUGCCUCUUUUCAUGAUGAUGGAACAGGAUGUGAACUGUAUUUUGGGGAAGUAAAGGGUCUUCUUGGCAUGAUAGGCAAGGGAAAUGGAACAAUUUACAUCAGAGGACUUGCCCCUUUCCAGUCCGAUUUACCAAGGAAAAGGAGGCUAGUUCUGGAAGUUAUUUUUCCAACUUCUUUCUUCAUUUUUCUGGUUCUCAUCUCAGUACCAUGCUACAGAAAAUGGAGAAAGAACACAGCUACAGGUACAAUUGAAAAACAGGAUGCCAUAAAAGAAACUGCAUCACUAUUGCUUUAUAAGUUUGGUACUCAUAUAGUAGCUAUUGAUGAAGGAAGUGAUGCAGAUGGUCUUGAAUUUGCCAGUGGGAAGGAUCCUGAAGUGCCACUGCUCAGUUUCUCUUGCAUAGUAACUGCAACCGAUAGCUUCUCUGCUGCACGUAAAAUUGGAGAGGGUGGUUUUGGCCCAGUUUAUAAGGGUAUGUUGCUAGGAUAUGAGAUUGCAGUGAAAAGACUCUCUAGAAUGUCUGGACAAGGACUAGAGGAAUUCAGAAAUGAGGUGCAAUUGAUUUCCAAGCUGCAGCAGAGGAAUCUUGUUCGGCUUCUGGGUUACUGCAUUGAAGGAGAAGAAAAGAUACUAGUCUAUGAGUACAUGCCCAAUGGAAGCUUGGAUUCCUUCAUAUUUGGUUUGUCAAUUUCCUACUUUUUUACAGCUUUUUUCCUCAUCUUUUUUGGAGUAUGCUAUGUGACUAAGAAUCAUUCAUCGAGACUUGAAAACCAGCAAUAUUUUGCUGGAUGUGGCUAUAUGUCUCCAGAAUAUGCAGUGCAUGGCCUUUUCUCUGCAAGGUCUGAUGUAUUUAGCUUCGGAGUGAUUAUGAUAGAGAUCGUUAGUGGCAGAAGAAACUCGACCUUCUAUGAGACAGAGGGCCCUUUGAACUUGCUAGGGCAUGCUUGGAGGGUGUGGGAAGAUGGUCGAUAUGUGGAGUUGAUGGAUCCGGCAAUGGAAAACAAAUGUUGUCUAGACAAGCUUGCGCUCGUUGUUCAGGUGGCUCUCUUGUGCGUCCAGGAAAAUGCAGGAGACCGGCCUUCCAUGUCAGAUGUUCUUUUGAUGAUAAACAAUGAAAGAACACAUCUACGUCUGCCGAAGCAGCCUGCUUUUCCCACUCAUUUAGGCAUGGUAGAUGUUGAUUCGCUUGAAGGCCGAUAGUACAGUUAUGCAGCCAAGAAGAAGAAGAAGUUUCAUCAAACUUGUAUAGCCCCAUUUUCAAACUGGUUUCUGUGAUUUUUUUUCCCGUCUUGAUAGUGGCCUGAAAUUAAAUACCAUUCUUUACUUCUGCAUUCUGUUGGAUAUAACGUAUUGGAUUCAUCUCAAUUUAAUUUAAUUGACGCA